CAACUUUCAGUCAUCAAAUACGAUUGUGUGAAGUGUGGCUACUUUUUGGGGCCCUUUUUCUAGUCACCGAAUACAGAAGUUAAACCUGGCUCCUGUCCUGAGUGUCAAAGUGCCGGCCCUUUUUCGAUUAAUAUGGAACAAACAUUAUAUCGGAAUUACUAGAAGAUUACCUUACAGGAAUCUCCUGGUCGCAUUCCCGCUGGUCGGACUCCGCGUAGUAAGGACGUAAUUCUUUUAGCGGAUCUUUGUGACUUAUGCAAGCCGGGUGAUGAGUUAGAAGUUACUGGUAUUUACACAAACAACUCUGAUGGUUCGCUAAACACUGAGCAAGGGUUUCCGGUUUUCGCCACCGUCAUUAUUGCGAAUCAUAUCGUUGUGAAGGACAGCAAACAAGUAGUACAAUCGCUUACGGACGAAGACAUCGCUACCAUUCAGAAGUUGAGUAAAGAUCCUCGGAUUGCAGAAAGAAUAAUAGCUUCAAUGGCCCCAUCCAUAUAUGGCCACGACUAUAUUAAACGCGCACUUGCGUUGGCUCUAUUUGGUGGAGAGUCUAAAAACCCCGGUGAUGAACACAAAGUUAGAGGCGACAUAAACUUACUUAUAUGCGGCGACCCAGGAACGGCAAAAUCUCAGUUUCUUAAGUACCCGGAAAAAAUAGCGCCACGUGCAGUUUUCACGACCGGACAAGGGGCCAGUGCUGUAGGCUUGACUGCUUAUGUUCGUCGAAAUCCAAUAUCGCGUGAAUGGACUUUAGAGGCAGGCGCCCUGGUACUGGCGGAUCAAGGUGUGUGUCUUAUUGAUGAGUUUGACAAAAUGAACGAUCAGGAUCGAACUUCCAUUCACGAGGCCAUGGAGCAGCAAUCGAUUUCCAUAUCAAAAGCUGGUAUUGUGACGUCUCUACAAGCACGAUGUACUGUUAUUGCAGCUUCUAAUCCGAUCGGCGGCAAAUAACACCAACAUCGAGGGACUUAAUCGAAGUAAGUACCCGAUUAAUGUGCUGGCUUUUCUGGGUAAACGGAUUUUCCAAAUUGCUGCCUUUUCAUUGAUUGACUAAGCAACGCCAUAGUGAGUUAUUCAAUACCUACUUUUUGUUGUUAACCGUUUAUUCGAGGCCUAAUUGGUUUGUGUUUUUUAUCAGGGAUUGCUGGCAUAACGACAUGCUGCGUAUCGUGCGAUUACGAACAACAGAACACAAACAAAAAGAAGCUGAUUGUCACCGAACCGAACCCUUUUGGAGCCGAAGAUAU